AUGGCAUGGUCAAGCACCAAUCACGUAGUGGUUACUAAUCUUUUGGAAUUACCUGGAGAUGGAACUUUCCGUACCACUCUUCUUUUUAGUGUCACUGAUAAAGUUGGUAUUUUAGAUGAAUGUUUAUCAGCUAUUAAGAAACAAAAUAUUUCUUUGACAAGAAUUGAAAGUCGCCCAAGUAAAACACCUGAAUGGGAUUACGAUUUUUUCGUUGAUUUUAAUGUUGAGAAUGCUACUCAACUUUCUAAUAUAGUUUCCGCCCUAAAGAAUGUAACUAAACAAGUAAAAAUUGCUGGUGCUGAAACUACUGAAGCUACUGAAGUUAGCACUCCUUGGUUUCCACGUAAAAAAUCAGAUCUGGAUACAUUUGCUGAUAAGGUUUUGGAAAUGGGCGAAGAUCUCGACUCGGAUCAUCCUGGAGCAAAUGAUCCAGAGUAUCGUGCCAGACGUGCACAAAUUACACGUAUUGCAAAAACUCAUAAGAGUGGUCAACCUAUACCAACUGUUGAAUAUACAACUAGAGAAAUUGAAACUUGGGGCGCUGUUUUUCAAUGUACUGGAUUUACUUUAAGACCAGUAAUGGGUUUGCUCACUUCUCGUGAUUUUCUUAAUGGUCUUGCUUUUCGUGUUUUUCACUCUACACAAUACAUUCGUCACCAUUCUAAACCAUUCUACACUCCAGAACCUGACGUAUGCCAUGAAUUGCUUGGUCAUGUAAGUGCUAGCGAUAGUGAUAUUGAAAAACUUUCCACAAUAUACUGGUUCACUGUCGAAUUUGGUCUGUGUCGUCAAGAGGGCGGAAUUCGAGCAUAUGGGGCUGGUUUACUAUCGUCAUUUGGUGAAUUAGAAUAUUCUUUAUCAGAUAAGCCUGAAAAAUAUUCGUUUGAUCCAUAUAAAACCUCCACGCAAAAAUAUAUUGUAACUGAAUAUCAAAAGGUUUACUUUGUGGCUGAUUCAUUUAAGGAUGCACAACAAAAGGUUCGUGAAUUUGCAAAAACAAUGAAUAGACGAUUUUCCGUACGUUAUAAUCCAUACACAGAAACUAUAGAAGUAUUAGACAAUAAGGAUAAAAUCUUGAGAUAUGCACAAAAUAUUAAAAGCGAUUUCGUAACUUUUGUUGAUGCGUUGGAAAGAAUAGGUUCAUAA